AUGGAGGAACUGGAUAAAAGGACGACUCCUGCUUCGGGUCUACCUCUCGCUUUUCACGGUACAGUGAUCCAUUCCAAGAGCCCCGAGGAACUCGAGAUCUUGGACAACUGCUUCAUUAUCGUGGGCAAAGAUGGCAAGAUUCAGGUCUUUCAAGCAGGUAUAGAGCCUGACCAAAUCAAUUCUCUGGUCUCAGAGAAUGGCUAUGCGCCCGACGUCUUCCCCGUGAAACAUCUCAAGCGGGGAGAGUUCCUGUGUCCUGGCUUCGUGGACACCCAUAACCACGCACCGCAGUGGGCACAACGAGGCGUUGGAAGAGGCAUAUCGCUGCUCGACUGGUUGAACAAAGUGACCUUUGCUCAUGAGGCCAAGUUUGAAGAUUCUGAAUAUGCCAAACGCACGUAUGCCUCUUGCGUCGCGGGGUUCUUGCAACAGGGCAUCACGACAGCAUCAUACUACGGCUCCCACCAUGGCCAGGCAACUCGAAUCCUGGCAGACAUUUGCUUCCAAAAGGGUCAACGUGCUUUGGUGGGGAAAUGUAACAUGAAUCGAAACGCUCCAGACUGGUACAGAGAUUCCUCCAUCGCAGGUUCGUUGCGCGAGACGCGUGAGCUUAUCCAGCAUAUCCACCAACUUGAUCCGGGAUAUCAGCUGGUGAAGCCGAUCAUUACGCCACGCUUUGCGAUAUCCUGUGAGCCUGAGUUGCUGGAUGGGCUCGGUGCCAUUGCUUGCGAACACCCCGAUCUGCCAAUCCAAACCCAUUUCAACGAGGCAAAGCAGGAAAUCGAAUUUACAAACCAGCUCUUCCCUGAAUUUCAGACAGAAGCCGAUCUAUACCGGAAAUUUAAUUUGUUAAAUGGUCGCUCCAUUCUUGCCCACUGUAUUUUCCUGCAAGAAGAGGAACUGGUCCGCAUCCAAGAACUUGGUUGUGGUGUUGCCCACUGCCCGAUCGCCAACACUACCAUGCAAGAGUAUAUGAUCGCGCCUGUGAGGGAGUACUUGCGUCGUGGUAUCAAGGUGGGACUGGGCACAGAUAGUGGUGGCGGCUACUCGUCGUCGAUCAUGGAGGCGAUGAAGCAUGCCUUCAUUGUAUCAAAUGCACAGCAGACAAAGACUGAAGGCCGUGAUCCUGCAUUAUCUCUGCCAGAAUGCUUUUUCCUUGCCACUUUAGGAGGUGCGCAGGUAUGUGGGCUCGAUGAUCGGAUUGGAAACUUCGCGGUCGGCAAAGAGUUUGACGCGCUGGAGAUUCACACGAUAGACCUUGAUCGACCGGGUGUUAUGUGUCUGGUGGAAGACGAAGAUACUAUCGAGGUCAUCUUCGAGAAAUUUCUGAUGACUGGCGAUGACCGGAAUAUUGCCAAAGUCUAUGUGAGUGGUCGCUCCGUGAAGACUUGA